AACAUAAUUUUGGUUAAAUGUUAAUUAGAGUAAUUUAUAAUUAAAAUAAAUUGAAUGAAGAGAAAAUAUUAAAAAUUAUGUUUUAAAAUCAAUGAAAAUUCUUUAUAGUUAUGUAUAUAGUACAGUCAAUGACAACCAAAUAAGGAGUUGGCGUUGGGCGGGACAAAAGUAGACACAGACUUAUGUUUAUUGUGAGAGUGAGUGUAUGUGUUGCACGGCAUAUAGAUAAGACAGUUAGAGUUGAUCAUCAGAGUUGAUGAACGUGGCUGAAAUUAUUAUUAUAGAAGAAAAUUUACUGAAUUUUUUAUUGAAAAUAUAUCAAGUCGGUUCAACUGUAAUUAAAAAUGUCCUAUGAAACGAAAUACAUUUUUGCUACUUUACCUCGGACUCAAAGAGGUCAACCUUUAGUUUUGGGUGGUGAUCCAAAGGGUAAAAAUUUUUUAUACACCAAUGGGAAUAGUGUUAUUAUUAGAAAUAUUGAUAAUCCAGCUGUUGCUGAUAUUUAUACGGAACAUUCUUGCCCUGUAAACGUUGCCAAAUAUUCUCCCAGUGGAUUUUAUAUAGCUUCUGGAGAUCAAUCUGGAAAAAUUCGCAUCUGGGAUACUGUUAAUAAAGAGCAUAUUUUAAAAAAUGAAUUUCAACCUAUCAGUGGUCCGAUAAAAGAUAUUGCUUGGUCGCAAGAUAGUCAACGUUUGAUUGUUGUCGGUGAAGGUAGAGAAAGAUUCGGUCAUGUAUUUAUGGCAGAAACUGGAACAUCUGUGGGUGAAAUAUCAGGGCAAAGCAAAUCGAUUAAUUCUUGUGAUUUUCGACCAACAAGACCAUUUAGACUGAUUACUGGAAGUGAGGAUAAUACAAUUGCAGUUUUCGAGGGUCCACCGUUUAAAUUUAAAAUGACCAAACAAGAUCACACUCGUUUCGUUCAGGCAGUACGUUAUUCACCAACGGGAAAUCUUUUUGCUUCCGCAGGAUUUGAUGGAAAAGUAUUUAUUUACGAUGGUGUAUCUUCGGAAAUAAUUGGCGAAGUUGGUUCACCAGCUCAUCAAGGCGGAGUUUAUGGAGUUGCAUGGAAACCAGAUGGUACACAAUUAUUGACAGCGUCCGGUGAUAAAACAUGUAAAUUAUGGGAUGUUGAAACACGAACAAUGAUUUGUGAAUUUAAUAUGGGAUCGACAGUUGAUGAUCAACAAGUCAGUUGUUUGUGGCAAGGAACGAAUUUAUUAACAGUUUCUCUAAGUGGAUUUAUAAAUUAUCUUAACGUUGAUGAUCCCACGAAGCCAUUGAAAAUAAUAAAAGGACACAAUAAACCAAUAACAGUGUUAGCAUUAAGUCCCGAUAGAACGUCAAUUUAUACUGGUUCUCAUGAUGGAUUUAUAACAAAAUGGAAUGCAAUUAGUGGUGAAAAUGAUCGAAUUGAUGGUCAAGGACAUGGAAAUCAAAUUAAUGGAAUGAAAGCAGCUGAUAGUUAUUUAUAUACAGCUGGGAUUGACGAUACCUUGCGAGUUGUUGAUUUGGAAACAAAUGUCUAUAUUGAUUCAGCUGCAUUAAAAUUGGAUUCACAACCACGUGGUCUUGAUAUACAUGGAAAUAUUGUUGUUGUUGCAUCUGUUAAGCAGUUAACUGUUAUUCAAGAUAGAAAGAAAGUAUCAACAUGUUCUGUUAAUUAUGAACCGUCGUGUAUUUCAAUUAAUCAAGAAAAUGGAGAGGUUGCAGUUGGUUCGGCUUCCGAUAAUAAAGUUUACAUUUAUACGUUAGAUGGAGUAAAACUUUCUCCCAAGACUGAAUUGGAACAUUUAGGUCCAGUAACAGACGUUGCCUAUAGUCCUGAUAAUAAAUAUUUGGUUGCUUGCGAUGCAAAUAGAAAAGUGAUUUUAUAUUCUCUUCCGGAAUAUAAGUUUGCACAUAACCGAGAAUGGGGUUUUCAUAAUGCGAGAGUUAAUUCUGUCGCCUGGUCACCGGAUUCAAUUAUGGUAGCAAGUGGUAGCCUUGAUACGACUAUCAUAAUUUGGAGUGUGACAAAUCCAGCGAAACACACAAUUAUUAAAAAUGCACAUCCGCAAAGUCAAAUUACUCGUCUUGUUUGGUUAGACGAAGAAACUUUGAUUUCUGUUGGUCAAGACUGCAAUACAAAAAUAUGGCGUAUAGAGAAGAUUUAAUUUUCUUUUUUCUUUUUAAAUAUUAAACCACAAUGGUUUUUUUUAUUACUUGUGGCAUAACUAACUACAAAUGCAUUUUUAUUUAUUUAUCAUAUAACUUUAGAUUUAUUGUAUAUUUUUUUGUAAUACAUUUCUCGAUGAUAAGACAAGUAUUGUUUAACAUUAACAAUAAUAAACAACUUUUUAAAUUUCGUA